GGCGGUGCGGCGUCGGGGAGCGCGGAGCGGCCCGGGGAGCAUGGGGAGGGCGGCGGCAGGCACCGUGGCCCUAUUAUGGGGCGGCCUCCUGCUCGCUGCCAGCUUCGCCCUAGAGCCGGCACCCGACGGCUGCAACUGCACCCACCCCGUGGACUUCCAGGCGUUCCUCACAGCUCCGCUCAACGAGAGCUGCUGCCUCAACUUCACCGGAUCCAACGUCACCCACCUGGACUGGGGAGCUCUGGUGGCCGUGCGGGGGCUGCGCCAGCUCUACCUCUCACACUGCGGCAUCACGGCCAUCAGCAAUGCCCAGGGAGUCCCCCCGGCCUUGGAGGUCUUGCACUUAAGUCACAACCUGUUGGAGAGCCUUCCCAGAGGCUUUCUGGAAGAUGCCCCUAAUUUGAAGGUCCUCUAUCUGGAUGGGAACCAGCUCCGGGAGCUGCCCGCGUCCUUCCUGAAAGCCUCCACCCAGCUCCAGGAGCUCCACCUGGGGUUCAACGCACUGACCUCCCUCCCCCCCAGCCUCCUGCAUCCAUCCCUGCUGCAGCUGCAGCUCUCCAACAACAGCUGGGAGUGCAGCUGUGCUCUGCUGGGUGCUCUGCAGGGCAUCCCCAGCCUUCCUGCCCCUCUCACCUGCCAUACGCCGGAGCGGCACCGUGGUGCGGAGCUGCAGAGCAUCCCACGGGACGAGCUGUGCCAACAGCACCGCAGCCUCACCGCCCUCUUCGUCUGCCUGCCUCCCCUCCUCAUCCUCGCAGCCAUCACCUGCUGCUUCUGCAGGAGGAAGAGGAAAACCAACUACAGCCUUGGGAGCAGCCACACCGCCCCAGCAGAGAGGGGCAACGUGCCCACGUGCCCCGAGCCGCACCGCUACGUCCCCUAUGAGCCAACCACUGCCCCCUCCAAGAGCGAGGGGAAGGUGCUGCGGGGCAGCCGGGUGCUGCUGCAGCCCCCCGAGGAGAGCAGCAGGGACCUCUAUGAGGAGGUGGAGAUCCAGGUGGGAUCCCAUGUUCCAACCUACGAUGGGCGGCGGGACAGCCCUGAGACAGAGGGGGACACAGUGAGUGUCACCGAUGUGCUGAAGGACUCCGCUGACCGGGAGAAGAUCUACAUGAACCAAUCGACCGACUAUUACAACCUGGUGCCCGGCAUUGAGCUGGAGGACUCGGACAACCUGGAGUAUGAGAACAUCGAGCUGCACUGAUGGGUGGCCGGGCUGGGAUUUGGGAUCUGGCUGGGACAUACUGGUGGCUGUGGGUGGGGGAUGCACAGACCAAAAUGCCAUUCCUUGCACUGGCUGUUUGCAGAGCUGCACCCCCAAAUUGCCACCCCUUCUGCUGCACUCCCCUACAUGUGCUGCGUGCUUGCACUGGGCAGGGCACAGGGGGUUUGCUGUGGGCUGAUGGUGUACAGGGACACCAGGCACCCAGGGAGAGGAGGUGGGGCUGUCCCAUCUGUACAACAGCGCUGUGUGCACCAGACCCUCUGAGCAGGACCUCUGUCCUCUCUGCAUCCAGCUGCAUCCAGUGCAGCCCCGCUGCUUCCCAGCCCACAGAUAAUGGGGUAUGGGGACAAGAAAUGAGAUCUACCCCAUAUGGGCAGCCUGGAGCAGCCCUGCCGGCUCCCCCAGCACACCCCACUGUGCCCACUGCAUUGCACGUGUGUACACAUGCAUGUGUGAGCACCGGGCACAGGUGGGCUCGACUGGGGCCACGUCAGCAAAGUGCUCAUGGGGUGCAGCCUUCCCUGCCCUGGAGCAGCCAACAGAAAAUAAAUCAUUGUACUCCUGGCA